UGCAGUGAUACAGUAGCAUGCAUCAAGCUGUAUCAAUUGCAUAUAUCUGACAAGACAGUGACAUGACUUCCGACGUCGACACUCCGAGUGGAACCUCAAGGAUUAGUGCUCUAGCGCUCAGCUAUGAUCAUCUCCGUCUAAUUCCCAUCGAGCAUGUGAUAGAAGCAUUGUGAUAGGUUACUAAUACUAGGUGCGCAAGGCCAGGCUACGCCGAAUCUUAACGUUCAUGUCUAUCUCCAAGGGUAUAGCAUUAAUAACUGGGUCUGCCCAGGGAAUCGGUCGCAGCGUCGCUCUUCGGCUCGCACGGGAUGGCUUUGACGUUGCUCUUAAUGAUUUACCCCACAAGGAUGCCAAGCUGGGGCUGGUGGCGACUGAAAUUGAAAGUCUUGGGAGACAAGCCUGCAUCGUUCCCGCCGACGUGACCGUCGACAAACAAGUCAAAGAGAUGGUCGAUGGUGCUGUCACAAAACUUGGUGGACUAGAUGUCAUGGUCGCCAAUGCUGGAGUGGUGACGUUUGCCUCGCUUGUGUCAUCGACUGUAGAAUCAUGGGACCAUACCCUCUCAGUAAACGCCCGUGGAGCUUAUCUGUGUUAUAAAUAUACUGCCAUGCGGAUGAUCGAACAAGGACGCGGCGGUCGAAUCAUCGGUGCGAGCUCGGUCCUAGGCAAAAUGGGCUUCCCCUACCAGUCCUCGUACACAGCUAGCAAAUUUGCGAUUCGAGGGCUAACCCAAUCUGCAGCUAUUGAGCUCGGUCAGUAUGGCAUUACCGUAAAUGCAUAUGCUCCUGGCGCGAUAGAAACUCCUAUGAACAAGAUCGCGUUGGAUGAGUCUGGGAAGGUGGAUUAUGCACGACUUAUAGACGAUCCUUGUUCGAGAAAGUGGUUUGUGUCGACACUCGAGAAUGUUCCUAUCAAGCACAUUGGACAGCCUGAAGAUAUAGCUAGCAUUGUAAGCUAUCUUGCAUCGAAGGAAGCGCACUUCAUUACCGGUCAGUUCAUGCCUUUUAUUGCUGUCGAUGGAGGCCUCAGUAUGGACUGAGAAGGCCUUGUAAACUGCUAUGUUCUUUGCAGAUGCUAUGGUGUGAUUACGAUAUCGAAUUGAGGAUUUCUGUCAGUGGUGGUGCUGAUCGAUUUACUAGGAAGGCCUCGAGCUUGAGGAUCUGGACUCUCAUCAUCGAAUGUAGGUUUUAACCUGGGGCUAAAAAGGAUCUCAGCCCUCGUAUGGUAAUCAGAAAACACGUGCGAAGCCCGCAUCGUAUGUCUCACGCGUAGCAGCCCCACACGACCAUAGUGCUUGCAUGGCAGACUACGCAAGGCUAGCUCGUGUUCAAGUGUGCAACUUCUCUGCUGCAGCGCAGGUCUAAUCACCUGAACUUCGUCGAGUCAA